AUGUUAUUCAACAUAGUUUCUGGAGAGUUAGAGAAAUUAUAUGAAAAAGAGAACCCAACUUAUGAUGAGAUCAUACGAUUUAUUAGAGAUCAAAUGAACAUUAUUAACCCUUUAUUAACUUAUAUAGAUGAUGAUGGGAAAUCUUAUUAUGUUAAUUGUACAAAUGACAUUAAUGAAAUAAAAAAGAAAUUAUCUAUAAUUAAGAAAGUGAAUUUGUAUAUAACAUUAUAAUCUUGGACUUGUGGAUUUUGUACAUAUGAAGAGAAUACAGAUGAGAAAUGUGAAGUUUGUGGAUAAAUGAGAAAAUGA